AUGAGGGUGAUGCUGGGGGCGCCAUCUAUACGCGGGAAACGGUGUGGGCCUACCAGCUGCAUUGGCCUGGUCUACAUAGGGCUGCGGCGGCGGCUCUUGCAUGGCAGCAGGCAGCAACGUGGACACUUCGCGCGUCAACGUCAGGGCCAGCUGUGGGCCAGAUCCCACGCCAGGCGGCAGGAUCUUGUUCAGUGGGUCCAGCUCCAGCUGUUGGUACAUAUUCUGCUGCUGCUGCUGCAGAGGCGGCGAUCCGUACUGGUCGUGAUUGGCACUGCGGCGCCGCUGGAGCAUGCGGCUGUGCAGAGGCGCCUGCAUCUGCUGGUGCUGCUGAGAGGCGCCCUGCUGCGAAGACAUGGACUGUUGCUGUUGUUGGGGUGGUUGUUGCUGGGGUUGUUGUUGUUGGGCGCCGCCGGACGGGGACAGGGUCGGCGAGACGACGCUGAAGCCGCCGUGGGAGGAGUUUUUGGCGCCGGUGGCGAGCAUGCAGCCGUGGCGGAUGUGGAGGAUCAUUUCCAGGGACAGGUCGAAUUCUUUGCGGAAGUCCAUGACGACGUAGGCGCCACCUUUGGCCCGGAGGCAGAAGUUCUGGUGCUCACUGCUAUGCUGAAAAAUAACGAGGAUGACUCACGUGACGACGGUCCACUCAGAGUUGAUGGCCACAGCAGACUGGGCCGGGAUGCCCUCGUGGCCAAAGAACGUGGGCUGGUAGGGGUUCAUGACCACUUCAUUGCCGGCAAAUUGGUCAGAGAGCCGACCCGACGCACGGAGGACGCCUUGGACGAUGACCGCCCCAGGUUCACUGUCUUGUCCAUGCCGACUAUAAUAUUGUCACGGGUCAAACAGAUGUCACCCGCUGACACGCCGUUUCACUUGAGACAACUAGAUGUUGCCCAAGUGGAAAUGACCAAUAAGGAGCACAAUAAACUUGUAUCCAUUAUUAUUACUGGUGGCAGUGCUGGUGGGAUUGCUAGUGUUGAUCAUGGCUGGAGGCUGUAUGUUGUUAGCCUCCAGACAGCCGUCAAUCCGGGCACUCUGGGCCUUGUUGUCGAAGCUGGUGCCAGCGGGGAUGCCCGUGCAGCCCGGCUUGGAGCGGUCGCCCAGGUCCUCGCACGAGUCCGUGAGGAGGACGGCCUGGCCCUUGCCGUCGGCGCCCGAGUAGAGCGCGAUGCGCUGCGCCUGGCCCGACGCGAGCUUCCCGGCCUCGGGCCACAGGGCCAGCACCAGGACGCAGAGCGCUGCCCAGCUCGACCGCUGACGCAUCCCUGCUCCAGGGCCCCCGGCUCCUUCGACUCCUACCGACAUGGAAUGCUCUCCAGGCUAACUGUGAGAUCCACUCUGAGAAAGAUUCUUACAUGCAACUUUGCAUUGAAACAGUUUCUAACCUUGAAAAUUGAUAAUUUUCAUCUCAAUUUGUAG